AUGCAUAACGUGCUUGGGCAACACCACGACUUGCUAUUUUGCACAUGUGCAGACAGGAUAUGUCGUAGGGCGGGAAAAGGAUGGGCAAGAAUCCGGCUGGAAAAAAGUCCGGCCGUUCUUACAGUGAACCGGAUUCCUGAGGCGGAUUCUUGGAGGAAACAAACUUGCAGGAUGGAGCGAGAACGGGAACGCACAGCAGAAGACACACAACUUGUUCUUCAACUCACCAAUCCCGAUCAACGAGAGGGUGCCUUGCUGGAGCUGAGCAAGAAACGCGAGGCCUUCACGGAUCUCGCUCCCAUUUUAUGGCAUUCGUAUGGGACAAUUUCCGCUCUCCUGCAGGAAAUGGUGGCCAUCUACCCGCUUCUUUCACCCCCCACGUUAACUCCUCACGCAAGCAAUCGGGUAUGCAACGCCCUCGCCUUGCUGCAGUGCGUGGCGUCCCAUCCCGAGACGAGGGCGUUGUUCUUGAAAGCCCAUAUUCCCCUUUAUCUCUACCCUUUCCUCAACACUGUGAGCAAGAACCGCCCGUUCGAGUACCUUCGGCUGACAAGCUUGGGAGUUAUUGGAGCGCUGGUGAAGAUGGAUGAUGCGGAAGUCAUCAAUUUUCUGCUGCAGACCGAGAUAAUUCCGUUAUGCUUACGGAUAAUGGAGACGGGGAGCGAGCUAUCCAAGACUGUGGCUACGUUCAUCGUCCAAAAAAUUCUGCUGGAUGAGCACGGGCUCGAGUACAUUUGCCAAACGGCCGAGCGGUUCUACGCUGUCAGCACGGUGCUCGGUAACAUGGUGGCCGUUCUCGUGGAAAGCCCGUCUGUGCGUUUGCUCAAGCAUGUCGUGCGCUGCUAUCUGCGGCUGUCGGACAACUUACGAGCGCGCGAAGCGCUCCGGCAAUGCCUCCCAGACGCCUUGCGGAAUAACACCUUUACCAAUGUGCUCAAGGACGAUGUUUCAGUCAAACGUUGGCUGACAUCGUUACUCUUCAACUUGACGGAAUCCAAGGAAUGGAGUCCUCGCCGUGCAGACGCUGGCAAGCGGCCGUUAAGAUGGAAACCAUAAAAUCUGGCGACAAUGUCUCUUCCAAGUAGGAUUCGGAGUGACUGGCGUCAUCAGAACCGGAAGUGCGCACUCUGUAGGUUAAAUGGCCGGAUUGUUGGUUCAUCAGAUUGUUUAGAUGUAUGCUGGUCGUGUGUAGCGCCGGCAGCGACCUGUAGGCAAUACCCGAAAGUUGUCACGGCACCGGCUUCAGACGCAGGGAGUUCUUCGCUGUAGCCGGCAAAGAUGAUGGCACUAGUCAGCGCAGUCCCACUGCAGCUAUAGUCCAAGCAUUACGGAAGUCAAGCUUUGCGGGAACAACCGCGAAAGACUUUGCACAACCAUGCGGGGUGUCUUGCGAGUCUCUCAUCGUAAGAGAGUGGGCGGGUGGUGACAACAAACGCCGCAUGCUGGGAUGCGAGUGCCGAUAUUCAAUACAUACUUCAACUCAGCGCACGAUUCCAAGAAAACGUUGUCUAGAACCGUAGGUGCAAGGGAUUCAAAAGGCUUUCUCUAG